UCUGCAAGAAGUCUGCCAUUGAGAACAGGGAACUGAACCUCAUUGUCGCCAAGACAGAGAAGGUUAUCCUCAAACUCCAUGGUUAUGACACUGCGCAACAACGCAGGACAAAUUUCUGCUAGUGAGAGAACAGAUACCUUCUCUGAUUCGUACACUAGUAGCAUCGCACUGACACCUGCGGAACUCGAAUACUUCAAAAGGAAGGAGGUUUUGAGAAGGGACAACGCCCACUUCGACAUCUCUACCAUAGCUAGUGACACCACCCACAAGUUCGGCAAGAACAACCCCUUCCUGCCCCUUGCAUCCAGCACGUGGACAGAAAACGUUGUUCAACGCGUACAUAACAGACUAUGGAAACUAGACACGUUCAACUACACUCCACCGAUCAGCGUUGACGCUUACAUGGCGCUUCCAGGACUUAGCAGUGCUGACAUAGAGAACUGUCGGACGGCGGCCAGGAAUGGUACCAUCCACUUCCCUGCAGGAAGAGUUGGCUUCGAUGCAGACUUCCCACCGCUGUCCAAAUUGGAGAAAGAGAAAUAUCCCAGGAAACCACUGCUGCACCAGAAGGGUAUCCCCAGGUUCCCAGCAGGCCUGCUAGAGCUCAAGAAGCUGUGGAAUGCCGGGAGACCAUUCCUCAAAUGUGCAUGCACAAGUUGUGAAGUUAACUUCACAUGGUUAGACCACAUGCUCUGGUACGUCAUCGACAACUUUGACAAGCUGGACCCGCAGGCUCCCUCGGACAAGAUCAGAAUGCUCGAGUUCCAAGCCCUGCUGUGCACAUCCUGGAGAAAACCAAUCCUGACGCAGAUCACGUUCCUCUUCAUGAAGGAAUAUAUGAUGAAGAUUGUGCAUCUCAUCACGCAGAACAAGGCCAUCACCGCUGAAGAGAUCCUCAACCUAGAAGAUUUCAAGGACGUAUCCUUCGUACGUAAGUUUACUGCGACACUCCUCCCCAAUGCAGAAGGUCUGCUUACGUAAACUGGUACCAGAAGAAGCAACACCACUGACUACGAGGACAACUCGCUUUGCAGGUGCCACCAAAUGAG